AUGUCCGACUCUCUUCACUCCUCCAAGGAAGUGUCGCUCUCUUCCGAAGAGCAACACCACAACGUCUCUAAGAUCCAGACCUCUGGUGACGGCAAUGAAUUCAUCAUCAUCGGCAACCAAAAGUUCUACAGACAUGAGUUGAUGACUGCCUUCGGUGGUACGUUGAACCCUGGUUUGACUCCAACCCCAGUGCACAAAUUCGCCAACCCUGCUCCUUUGGGUUUGUCGGCCUUUGCCUUGACUACUUUUGCCUUGUCUAUGUACAACGCCCAGGCUAUGGGUGUAACUACCCCCAACGUAGUUGUUGGUUUGGCUGCUUUCUACGGUGGUCUCGUGCAAUUCCUUGCUGGUAUCUGGGAAUUGGUCGUCGGUAACACUUUUGGUGGUACUGCAUUGACUUCCUACGGUGCUUUCUGGUUGAGUUACGCCGCUAUCCAAGUUCCAAACUUCGGAAUUGUCGCCGCCUACGCAGAUGAUAUGGAGCAAUUGCCAAACGCUAUUGGUUUCUACCUUUUGGGCUGGGCUAUAUUUACCUUCAUGCUCACCUUGCUGACCCUCAAGUCUACCGCUGCCUUCUGUGCCUUGUUCUCCUGUUUGACACUCACCUUCAUUUUAUUGGCUGGAGGUGAAUUCUCCGGUGUUGUUAAUGUUAGCAGAGCUGGUGGUGUCGUCGGUGUUAUCACUGCUUUCUUAGGUUUCUACAACGCGUUCGCCGGUGUGGCCAAUCCAACAAACUCCUACUUCGGAGCUUACCCAAUUCCAUUGACCAGACGUUAG